AUGGUGUUGUACCACUACAGAAAAUUCGCUGGGGGUAUUUCCAGAACCCAGCUUGAGACGUUCAAGUUUGGGUUUUGUCUCUUGACGCCUAUUCUUGUCAUGUACUGGGUUGGUAUCGACUCAGAUAAGAAGUUCAACUUGCCUGGAUUCUGGCCCGAUCCGCUGACGCUCAACCAGGUGCCCAAGGAGCCUCACGAGAUCCAGGCCGAGGUGGCUAGAAUUAGAAGGGCUAGAGCGGAGAAGAGAGAGCGUUUGGAGGCCAAGGCCAGAGAAUUGGGUAUUACUGAGGACAAUGAGUAA